CGUUUCCGUCUUGACAUCCACUCCCCAUCAGCUUUCCUAGCUGCGCAGCCAUGUCCUCCUCGUCAGGACGAGCAGGCUUCUCAUUUUCUAGCAAUAGCAGCAGAGCGAGCAAUGGCCGUCCUUCGAGCCCUUUAGCAUCAAAUGGACGAGCCCCAUCUGGCCUCAGCAGACGCGCCUUCGAUGAGGAUGACGAAGACAACGACGUCGACGCCCACCAUGGUCGCUCAUCGCAUAGGGGCAGCGGUGGCAGCUCACGACAAGAGCUUGCAGGGUAUGGUCGCGCUGGCGCAGAGUCCCGCAAUCGCAGCGAUGAUCGUGAGCGUGGACCUCGUGUUAUCCCUUUGGUCAAGUCGAAUGGAGCGGGAGACUGGAGAGAGGACAGGAAGCGUCGCUUAGGGUUGGGCCAGUACAAGGGGGAUGGGACGGGGACGAGGACUCGAUCAGAGACUACGACAGACAAAGCAAAGGGGCCAGAGAGGAUCAACGAUGGUGAGCAGAAGGUUGGACUCCAGCGAAUGGGCGGGGGACGCCGCGAUGACCAGGGCGAGGCGGAAGGUAGCGUCGCGCCCCUCAGUCGAGCAGAGGAAGAACGCCGUGAGAUGGAUGCCCUCAUGCGUCAAGCACAAGGCCUUGAGGGAGACAAGACUCCUCCCUGGCCAGCUUCAUCCGCCAUGUCCAUGGAAGUCGAUGAAGACGAUGACGACGCAGCGGCGCGACGAGCCCUCAUGUCCAACGGCUUCGACUCCACCUCCUCAAACCUCAACUCCGGGCGGACGAUCCCUCUCGCCCAUUCACCCCCUCUAGACGAGGAAGCCGCUUUCAGGCAGGACGCUUCGACCCGCCCAGAUGCGCCCACAUUAGAGGACUACGCAGCCACGCCCGUCGAGGACUUCGGGAAAGCGUUGCUACGUGGGAUGGGAUGGAAGGAGGGUCAGGGCGCCGGCAAAGGGGGCAAGGGUCCUACGAGUAGCAGAGAGGUGGUAAAACGCAGCGCACUUUUAGGGCUGGGGGCGAAGGAGAGGAUUCCUGGCGGAGCUGGUGCAGCAGGAGGAGGAGCGAGUGGUGCCCAAGGGGGAAGGGCGAGGCAGGAGCAACAGCACCGAGGAGAGAGGUAUAAGGCUUACAAGCCGCUCGUGAGGAGAGAUAGAGAGGAGAGUGACGAUGUGCGGAGUAAUGGAGGCUCGUCGACUCCUCAGCGGAGGCUGCUGCAGUCCAGCUCUUCGUCCUCAUCGAGACGAUCCUCAAGAAGCCCCCCGCCACGACACUCACGGCGAGACGAUCGCGAUGACGACAGGGAUGAGAGUGGAAGACAUCAUCGACACAACGACGACGACAGGCGAAGGCGAGACCGCGAUGACCACAACUCGCGACGCUCAUAUCGACGUGACGAUGAUGGGCGGUACGAUGAUCGAUACCGAGAGAGGGAAGCGGGCAGGGACAGAGAGAGGGAAAGAGAGCGAUCAAGGCGCUAAGGCAUCGUGCGAAUCAGGAAUGGCAUCACAAAAUAGGCAUUGCAAUUGGUCAUGGCGGUCAUGAAUGAAAGAGUCCUUGGUGCUGGUCCUCGUGCUGUGCAGCGUUGCUCGUUGCGCGCUCCUACUUCUUCCUCGGGCUGCUCCCCCUGAUUGUCCACCUGGAAAUCAUCGAGGACAGACCUCCACCGACACCACCGCUGCGCUGCUGCUGCUGCUGCUGCCCGCCACCUCCCCUCGACGAAGCGCUACCGCUACCCUGACUGCCGCUGCUCACGCCCACCUCAUCCGGCCCAG